CACCGACACAAGUGUGGGGGUGUCUGAGUGCCAGAGAAAGAAGCUUUAUAGAUCCACUGCAGAGAUAACAAGGUUCAUAUACCAGCUCCCGUACACGCGCACGCAGCGAUAGAGUGGACUAACAAGUAAAGCUAUAGCCGAUGUGAGCUCGCUUGAUAUUAUAGAGGUAAUACAACAUGUCAAGACAAGCAUCACCAGACAGUGCAGUUUUCAAAGUCUCCGUUGUUGGUUCUCAUGACAACCAGAUCCAAAACGAAGGCACCCUCGAGGCCACACCUACAAGUCUUAUAUACAUCGACGAAAACGAUUUAAAAUUCACCUGGUCAUUAACCCACAUUCAGAAGUACGGUAGCAAUGGAGAAAAACUCUUCACCAUAGAAACCAGUCGAGACUGCCCCACUGGCGCUGGUGUGUACAUCUUCUCUACCCCUCACGCACCAUAUCUGGAGAGCGUGGUUAAUAAACACCUGCUGAAGGGGAAAAGGAUUUCCCCUGAUACUGACGUCUUUCCUACCGCUAAAGGCGACAAUUUAACGCCCACUAACGGGCGUACAAUGGGUCGAAGUACGUCGCUAUGGAGUCUCCCUAACAACCAGUUCCCUGUACGCAGUCUGACUGACGACCCCAACACUUCCAAAGAAGGUCUCAUGGAAAUCACUGACCACAAUAUCAUAUUCACUGAUAGCAGCAAUGAGCGGCAAUACCAUUGGCCAAUCAGAUUCCUCCGUCGUUAUGGCUAUGAAGGAAAUCGAUUCACAUUUGACGCUAGUGAGCGAUGUGCUGGCGGUGGUGGGGUGUUUCGUUUUGCCACCCACCGUGCCGCAGAUAUACAAGAUUUGGUACGCAAGCAAUCUAAUAACUUCUCAGGCAGUGUAAUGAACCUAGCGUCUCCACCCAUGGAACAAGCUAGAGUCACUAAAGUACCACUGCGCAACUCAGAGGAUGAUGGACAACACGAUGGCUUCCAGCGAAAUAACUCAUUUCUACGACGUGCUCGAUCAGCUAUGGAUCUAAAUCGCAAUCUAUUUGAGGUUGUCAAUAUCAGCGAUGAUUUGAAGGAGGUUGGGAAAGGAACACUUGAAGUUACACAAUUGGAUCUCAUUUAUAUUGACCACAUCACUGAGGAGAAGUGGCGUUGGCCGCUGCGGUACUUGCGCCGGUAUGGUUGUGAUGGACAUGUGUUUUCAUUUGAGGCCGGGAGGAGAUGUCCAGGAGGGGAGGGAUUGUAUGCAUUCUCUUGUCCCAGAGCAGCCGAUAUUCACGAGGCCAUCAUCCUCAGUGUCAGUGGACCCAAGAAAACCACGGACAUGUUCAGUUCAAAUCUGUCACUAGUUGAUUCAGCUCUCACUCAACAGAGAAGAGCUAACUCCAGAGCAAGACGUGGUUCUGACAACUUACAACCACGCAGGGGAUAUAACGAUCCACUCAAACUAACACCACCACCCCCAAGUCGUAAGCAGAUCCCGUUACCACGGAUACCAAUACCUACGCCUCCUCGUUCCCCCUCAUUGGUUGAAAUUGACGAACGUUCUGUAACUCCACGAGACUCUGUUAGCUCACCGUCAGAUAAUGGCGAUACGAGUUCUGUUUCGUCUGGUGUAGUAACUCCGCCUCUUCCUGGCAUGAGCACACCACCCCCAAAACCACCUCGUAGCGGAGAGCGUCGUAAGAAAGUCAAAGGUGAAAAAGUCAAGAAAGUCAAAAGUGAAGAAGUCACCGAACACAUGUAUGAUACAGUAUCAGUGCAACACAAGUACCUAGAGUCUGUGUCCAGUAGUGGAGGUGACUCCCCCAGACCAUGCCCACUUCCGGAGAAGCCCCUCCCACCACCAAAACCAAAAACCAUCAACAAAGAUUCUCCAAGCAGCAAUAAAAAUGGAAAGAAGGACAAACCAAUGGCACCAAAGAAGACGUCAAUACUGAGAUUGUUUGGAAGAAGAUCUAGUGACGUUGCCCCUAAAGAAAGGUCACCUGAACCUUUGCAAAAUGUAGAGAACUACAAUAAGAACGAGGCUCCACCCUCAAUGUACGCUAAUGUGGAUAUCCGUACAGCUCCGAAACAUCACAGUAUGUAUGCCAACAUCCAACGCCAGGGCAGUGUCGGACGUGGUGAAGUGGACGUGUUCUCAACUAGCUUACCGAGUGUACCAGCACCACACAGGGGUAAUACGCCCCCUCCACAACCCUCACACACGCCCACGAAACCCUCAGAAGGGGACAUCUACCAAAACAUCAAAGUAACACCAGUAGUUGCUAACAGUACUUAUGCGAACGUUGACCUGAGGAAACACAAAGAGACUGUUGAGGCGUUUAUACCAACUCAGUACGCUGAAGUCCAGAUCAUUGAUGGAGUGCUACCACCUUGUGUGGCUGCUAGUACACCAAAGAGACAGUCGCAUCUUUCAUCAGAACCAGACAAUGUCGUCGUUGAGGACAGUUCUGUGGAGUAUGGGACAUUGAACUUUUCGGCCAUGAAUGAAAUCAAGAAAUUGCAUGAACAGAGAGGCAAGAAGGAACAGUUUGCAGAGAUGCUGGACAGACACACGCUCAAGCAAGAGGAGGUCACAGCUCUGAACAAGGGAAGCAGGAAGUGGCGAUUCUGAACUCAACAAUCACAUUAUUCAUUUCAUUCCACUAAUUGUACAUGUGUGUGUGUUUUUGUGUCCACAACAAAUGUGAUGUCAAUAUUAUAUAUUUUUGUGUCUUUAUAAUUACUAAUUAAGUGCUUAUUUGUGCAAUAACUCAAAAUAUUGACAAUAAUUAUAUUAUACAUGUGUA